AUGAAUCUAGCAAACCAUUCCCAGGUCACAGCAUUUGUCCUCCUCGGGCUCUCCCAGGGAUGGGAGCUUCGAUGCUUCUUCUUUGUUGUCUUCUCUGCUGUCUAUCUUAUGACUGUAACCGGUAAUCUCCUUAUUGUGGCCUUAGUGGCUUCUGACCCACAUUUGCAUACAACCAUGUACUUCCUCCUAGGUAAUCUUUCUUUCCUGGACUUUUGCUACUCUUCUAUCACAGCACCCAGAAUGCUGGCAGACUUGCUUUCAGGUAAGCCCAGCAUUUCCUUUGGUGCGUGCCUGACUCAGCUCUUCUUCUUCCAUUUCAUUGGAGGCAUCAAGAUCUUCCUGCUGACUGUUAUGGCGUAUGACCGCUAUGUUGCUAUUUCCCAACCACUGCGCUACACAGUAAUUAUGAAUCAGACAGUCUGUGGGCUCCUCAUGGCAGCCUCAUGGGUGGGCGGCUUUGUCCAUUCCAUUGUUCAGGUUGGAUUGACUAUCCGGCUGCCAUUUUGUGGGCCUAACAAGCUGGACAACUUUUAUUGUGAUGUACCUCAGUUGAUCAAACUGGCCUGUACAGACACUUUUGUCUUGGAGCUUCUGAUGGUGUCUAACAAUGGCUUGGUGACCCUCAUGUGUUUUCUGGUGUUGCUUGGAUCCUACACAGCCCUGCUAAUCAUGCUCCGAAGCCACUCACGGGAGGAUCGUAGCAAGGCCUUGUCCACCUGUGCGUCUCAUAUUGCUGUGGUGACCUUAAUCUUUGUGCCUUGUGUAUACAUCUAUGCAAGGCCUUUUAAGACAUUCCCUAUGGACAAAGUGGUCUCUGUGCUGUAUACAAUGGUUACCCCCAUGCUGAAUCCUGCCAUCUACACUCUGAGAAACAAGGAAGUGAUUACAGCUUUGAAGAAGUUAUGGAGGAGAUAG